GGCGCAAUAAUCUAUGAGUAUUUAGAAAUGGACGUCGGGGAGCUUUUAAAUUACAAGCCUGCCAAGGAGCCAAAGCGGGGCUUGGAAGAUGAUGAGGAAACUGCGGACACGCGACCGAGAAAGCGCCUGCAACACAGCGCCAAUACGGGUGGAACGAUAAGAGUUUCUCGUUUUGCUCCUGUGCGGGAUGACCCAGAGCCCACGUCUAGAGUCAUCCUGGAACCCACGGAUGCUCCAGAGCCUGAUGCUAGCGUUGACAUCCUUGAUGACACGAAUCUCAAGAAACUUAUACUCAAUUUUGAGAAAAGGGUGCUUAAAAAUCAAGAGCUGAGAAUCAAAUACCCAGAUCUUCCUGAAAAGUUCAUGGAUUCUGAGGUGGAACUUAAUGACAUCCUGCAGGAGAUGCACAUUGUCGCCACCCAGCCAGAGCUCUAUCCAAUCUUGGUUGAAUUGAAUGCUGUCCAGAGCAUCUUGGGCCUUUUGGCCCAUGAGAAUACUGACAUUUCCAUAGCAGUUGUGGACCUUCUACAAGAAUUGACUGAUGUGGACUCGCUGCAUGAAAGCCAAGAGGGAGCAGAUAUGCUAAUUGAUGCAUUGAUUGAUGGUCAGAUUGUAGCCCAGUUGGUGCAGAACUUGGAGCGGUUAGAUGAAACAGUUAAGGAGGAAGCAGAAGGCGUCCACAAUACCCUUGCUAUUGUAGAAAACUUGGCUGAGUUCCGGCCAGAAUUGAGUAUUCAAGCAGCACAGCAAGGACUUCUUGCCUGGAUAUUAAAGCGGCUGAAGGCCAAGAUGCCUUUUGAUUCCAAUAAACUCUACUGCAGUGAAAUUCUCUCCAUCUUGCUUCAAAAUCAUGAAGAAAACAAGAAGCUGCUUGGGGAAAUUGAUGGCAUUGACACAUUACUGCAGCAGUUGUCUUAUUUCAAGCGGCAUGACCCCAGCUCAUCAGAUGAGACGGAGAUGAUGGAAAAUCUGUUCGGUGCCCUCUGUUCAAGUCUUAUGUGUGCACCUAAUAGGGAGCGCUUUCUCAAGGGUGAAGGCUUGCAGCUGAUGAACUUAAUGCUCAGAGAAAAGAAGAUGUCACGUAGUGGUGCACUAAAAGUACUCGACUUUGCUACAUGUAAUAUGGAAGGCACUGACAACUGCAACAAGUUUGUUGAUAUUUUGGGCCUUCGGACAAUAUUCCCACUGUUUAUGCAGACUCCACGAAAGUACAAGAAGAAAGGAGCAUCUCCUGAAGAACAUGAAGAGCACGUGUGUUCAGUGAUUUCAUCUAUGCUUAAGAACUGCAAGACCACUCAGCGACAACGUCUUCUGAACAAGUUUACAGAAAAUGACCAUGAGAAGGUGGACAGGCUGAUGGAGCUGCACUUCAAGUAUUUGGAAAAAGUACAUGCAAUUGACAAUAUAAUUGAACGUGAAAAAGAGAAUCCAAAGUUGCAUGAUGAUGAGGAUCACUUAGAUCAGGAGGAGAAAUUCUAUCUUCGGAGGCUAGAUGCAGGCCUGUUUACCCUGCAGCUGGUAGAUUACAUCAUGCUUGACAUCUGCAGCUCAGGACCACCAUCUAUUAAGCAGAGAGUACUGCAGAUAUUGAACCUGCGCGGCGGGUCUAUCAAAACAAUUAGAAAUAUCAUGAGAGAAUAUGCAGGCAACCUUGGUGAUGCUAAAGACGAAGCCCUGAAAGAAGCAGAACAGCAGAGAAUACUGCAGCUAGUGGACCGCUUCUGAGGACUAGCAUCUACAUUACAUCAUGCAGCUUGUAAAUAAACAUCGAAAGGCUAUUAAAUGAAA